UGUGGCCCCCGCAACGGCAAGCGUUUCGCCAUUCCAGUUCGGUAGUUAGUUUUUUACACUCAAACAAAUUUCUUCUUCUUUCUCUGCAGUUCCACCAAUUGAAUUUCUAUUACUAAACUGAACUUAAAUAAAAUCAAAAAUAUAACAUUAUUUAAGACGCGGAGCAAUCUUGAAAUAUGGCCAAUUUGAUGCAGAGAAGCCUGCCCCUGACCACUACACGUACUCCGGUGCUGCAGUUCCUACGUUUUCGUGGAAAAAUCAACAUACAGCGACCAAAGGAGCCACAUUAUGAGCGUGCUCGUGUUGUGGCCGUCACACAGCCAAAAUACCCGGAGCUGCCAAAGGCACGCUCGUGCUUCCAGACCCGCGCCGAACGCACCAAGGAACAGCUGGAGAAUCCCUACAACGAGAUCAUUGCCCGGGAAGUGCGAAACUGGCUGAAUCACUCACAGCUAGUGGCUAUCUUCCACCUGAACUCCAUCACCGCCGACGAGAUCUUUCGGGUGCGAGUCCAGCUGCAUAAACAGAACCUGCAUUUGAAGUCGUAUGGCCGCAAGAUCAUAGACCAAGCCGUGACCGGCACGCCGUACGAGGCCAUCAUGCCGCUCUUCCACUCCAAUCACUGCAUUGUGUUCUCCCCAAAUCAGCAGCAGAUUGGCGCACUGCUGAAGAUCACACGCAGAGUGCCACAGAUGGUGCUGCUGGGAGGCAUUGUUGAGAAGACACUGCUCAGCAGAAACGAGCUGAUGGCCUAUGCCCAAAUGCCAAAUCUGCAGGGGGCCCAGGCACAGCUCGUCCAAACCCUCAACCUGGCAGCUGGCCAGCUGGUCCAACAUCUGCAGACGCACCAGGCUAAUCUGGUGCAGGUCCUGGACGUGCACGCCAAGGGCAAUGGCGAUACCAACACCAAUACCACAGAGACGGCGGACGAGUCAUAA